AUGGCGUCUCUUUUCGCCUGCCUCCUACUCCUCGCUCUUAUGCCAAACACACGGGAUGUGUCUGCCGUCGGGGAAACAGGCCACUCCAACAAGUCUUCAGGCGUUCGAGAUAUUUUAUCACCGCUUUCAAACAUCAAUGUACUUUUGGUUGUGCCUGUUUUCCUUGUUGGUAUCUUCAGAUAUACUACUCUCAAUAUCCUCAUACAAUAUGCUUCUGUCCGGUUUGGCAUUAAGAUCUCCACCGGAGCGACCUUCUACACCGAGACAGCAAUCGUCAACAUCUUUCUAUUCCUGUUCCUCAUCCCUCAACUAUCAGCUUACAUCCGCAAAAAGUACGACGUUCGCCCUCAAGUCAUUGAUCUAUUCCUUGUCAGAACGAGUGUAACAAUGAUGUGCAUUGGUUGUCUGGCUAUUGGCCUUGCGCAAAGCGGUAUUCUUUUGCCCUUAGGCGUCUUCAUCUUCGCUUCUGGCUUUGGGAGUAGAGUAUCAGCACUCUCGCUGGUCUCCUACUGGAUCUCGGAUGAUACGAAAGGGACUUUUUUCGCUGCUAUCGUGGUGUUCGAGAGCUUGGGCCAUGCUGUUGGCGACCCCGCCAUGCAGCAGAUUUUUGCCUCCUCCUUGAGGCUCACUAAAUUUUGGUGGGCUCUGCCAUUUUUCGUAGCGGCGGGACUCUACCUUUGCGCAGCCCUGUCGUCGAUCUUCAUCCGCAUUGAUGCGAAAGACGGUGACCUACAAGAUGCAGAAAUUUCAUCUGCCGACGAAGACUGA